AAAGAUUCCAAGCGAUGUUACCCGAUCAUCAAGUUUACUCGAUCGCAUACUGACCGACCGGCUUUCCAUCAUCACCCCCUUCUUUCCGAAACUAUUAUUGUACCACUGUUUGUCGUCACAACUUUACUUUGUAUAUUGGACUGGUGGCUUCACUCGUUGGCUUCUUCCUCUGCGGCCGCCAAGUAACCAGCGACCAUCUUCAUCUCAUCAUCGGCGUCAUCAACGCGUAGGGGCGGCGUCGGAUUGGGAGCAGCGUGUGAAGGAGGAGGAGUCGGGCGGUCCGGUCACGGCCUCGAGCGACCGAGCGAGCGACCGAGCAUUUUGAUCUCGUAGUUGGCGUCAGCAUCGCAAGGAGGCGGCGUCGAAUCGGGAGCAGCGUGUGAGAGGAAGGAUUGGGGACGAUCCCCUGUGACCGCACCAGGAAUCUAUGCGCGCGCCGGCGGGGGAGCGCCGGACGACGGGCGGUGGUGUGGGGGCAGGAUGCCCCCCCUAGGGUUUGCCCUGGUGGCGCUUGUCCUCGGCCCGCUCCUCGCGCUGGUGGCCCGGCGGAGGUGGAGGCGGGCUGCGGCGAGGCGGGCAGAGGUCAUGCGUCUCGCGCUCCUCGCGGCGGAGGAGGCCGCGCGGGCGGAGGAGGCCUUGUGGCUCGGGUGCCGGAGUCCCCUCCCAGUCGUAGGCGGUGGUGGGCCCAAGAUGGCGGUGUGUGCCGUGUGCCGCAGCCCUACUACCACGAGGUGCUCCCGGUGCAAAGCCGUGAGAUACUGCUCAAGGACAUGCCAGAUAAUCCAUUGGAGACAAGGACACAAGAACGUUUGUUGUUCUCCUUCGGUUGAUGAUCAUUAUGAUGGUCUAGAUGGUGUUACAAGACCGAAGGAGCUACCAGCUGAAAGAUCCAAAAUAUGCAAUGGCAGUCUGCGUACUGGAGGAACUUCACAGGAGGCUGUCAUGUCAUUCUCCAAGAAACUAUCAUCUGAAUCAAGCUAUUCAUCUGAAGCUUUUAGUGAUGAUGAAUUUAUGGACUCAUCAGGAACAGAAAGCACUUCUGAUUCUUCCUCUAACUCUUCAUCCUCAAGUUGCUCAAUGUUCGCUGUCCCUGUUGGAUCAUUUGUUGACUCUUCUUCUACAGCUCACCCUACUUUACUCCACAAAACUGGAAUCAGAGAACAUUCUUCUUCUGAUGUUUCUGCUAAGAAAUUAAGUACAAAAGUUGAUAAGAGAACAUCCUCCUUUGCAUCUGGAGAGGUCGAGUGUAGUCGUGGCUCAAACCUCAUUGGUUCUGAAAGUUGUUCAAAUAUUAAAUCCUCUAAAGAUGGUGGUCAAUGUGAGAAUGGAACUUUUGGACCCAGUGUGUCUCAAAGCAAUAGGACUGUUGAAUCGACAGAAUUUGAAGUUUACCAAGAAAUCCAUCACUAUCACUCAGAUGUCACACCCCAGUUGCAGUCCUCCAACCUUUCUGAUGAGACUAUACGCUCUCAAACUAAGUCUAGAAAUGAAAUACUUUCUUCAAGAACUUCUAUGUUGGGAGCAAUUGAUCGCACAAGCUCAUCAGCUUCUAUCACUGAAUCGGAGGGUCUUGAUAGUUUAAGAAGUUAUGGUGUACAGCUAGUGCAGUCUAAAAGUCUGAUGUCUUUGUCAUCUGCUAUUGCUGAUCAAGUAUCUCUUGCGGGGAAUUCUAUGUCAAAUGAUGCCUCUAAAAAAGUAGAGAAUGCUCCUAAAGCUCCCAUGAAAUUGUACCAAAAUGCAGGUUCCCAUUCCAGUGACAUAAAAACAUCUGUACAAAGAGUUGUUCAGCAGCUAAAGCUUUCAAAAGUCUCAAGGCAGCAUAGGUCUAGUUCUGGAUAUGAUUUUUCCAAAAAAAUUAAGAUGCUCUUUCCAUAUGAUUACUUUGUCAAACUUUACAACUUUGACAAAGUGGUGUUACGUCCUAGUGGUUUAAUAAACUGCCACAAUAGCUGUUAUGCAAAUGCUGUGCUCCAGUGUUUGGCAUUUACUCCGCCGCUGACUGCUUAUCUUCUUCAAGGGCUUCAUUCAAAAACAUGUCCAAAGAGAGAAUGGUGUUUCACAUGUGAACUUGAAAAUCUCCUUAUGAAGGCAAAACUAGGAGAAUCCCCCUUAUCACCUGCUGGCAUACUUUCCCACAUGCAUGAAAUUGGAAGUCAUCUUGGUCAUGGGAGAGAAGAAGAUGCCCAUGAGUUUUUAAGAUAUGCCAUUGAUGCAAUGCAAUCUGUUUGCCUCAAGGAAGCUGGGGCUCAUGCAGUUGAUCAUUAUUGGGCUGAAGAAACUACUCUUAUACAACUGACCUUUGGUGGUUAUCUUCAGUCAAAGAUAAAAUGUAUGAAGUGCCACAGCAGAUCUGAGAGAUAUGAGCGUCUGAUGGAUCUUACGGUAGAAAUAGAAGGGCACGUUGGAACCCUUGAAGAAGCACUGCGACGAUUUACAACUACUGAGAUUUUGGAUGGAGAGAACAAAUACCAUUGCCUUAGAUGCAAAUCAUAUGAGCGUGCAAAAAAGAAGUUGACAAUAGUAGAUGCUCCUAAUAUCCUUACGAUCGCCUUAAAACGCUUUCAGUCUGGAAAAUUUGGCAAACUCAACAAGGCAGUUUGUUUUCCAGAGUACCUUGAUUUAGCACCUUACAUGCAUGGAUCCAAUGACAAAUCUCCAAUGUACAAGCUUUAUGCAGUGGUGGUUCACUUGGAUGUCAUGAAUGCUUCUUUUUCUGGUCACUAUGUGUGUUACGUCAAGAAUAGACAAGGAAAAUGGUACAAGACUGAUGACAGCACGGUAAAACCAGUGGAUCUUGAAACAGUAUUAUCAAAAAAUGCAUAUAUGCUUCUUUAUGCUAGAUGCUCACCACAUCCCCCAAGCUUGAUAAGUAGCACCUUGUCCCCAGACCAAAUAGUGAGUAAGAGAAGCAGGUCAAAGGAAGUGUUUUGUUCUGGUUCUGACGGAGAGAAAGCGAGCUCGAAUGCUGUAACUGCAAUGUCUGAUUUACCAUCUGCCCACCAUAGAAACCAAGCUGAACCCAACUGGACAACCGGAUACCAUUUCAGUUACGAACCUAAUAAUUUCCUCAAUGGAAUAUUUUGUGUCCCCAAGUCGGAUUCUUCGAGUGAUAGUUCUUCCCUCAUCAGCUGCUCAGACGAAGCUUCCUGCAGCACCGAAAGCACAAGGAACUCUACGAGCACUGAUGAGUACUCGGAGUACAUAUUCGGCGACUUGGAUCGUCAGAGUUGGAAUGGCAGUUUAAGAUUAUCGAAUGACGUGGAUGGUUCCGUGAGCCCCUCUUUGUACUCGAAUCAUUCCUCUGAAGCUGCAAGCUAUAAGGCAGAUGGUGUUGUGGAUGACAGGGUUUGGGAUUUGCAGGAUGGAGGCUCUCCCAUUUUGUUUUCUGACACAACUAACCAGUGUAGGAAACUAACAGACUGCGGUAGGAGUAGAGAUACCGGCUGGGUUACCCCAUCUAAGCUUAAGCCUAGUGUGUUGAGGAGAAGUUGUACCGCCAGCAAAAGAACAGCUGAAACCUUUUACUGACAGAUGUCAGUUGUAAAUUGUAUAUCAGAAUAGGUUGUAGUAAUGUAUUAUUAUUGUACUUCUUUUGACAGAGGAAAUCCAUAUUUUCUGUGCAAAUUGUAUGUAAUCCUUAUACAACUGGAUGUUGUAAGAACAAAAGGCUAUUCCAGCUUAAAUUGGUGUUACUUAAAGAAAUCUGAUGGCUCUGUUGGGUUU